AUGGCUCCGUUCUUCGUGACGCCGCAGCGCGAGGCGGUGUGCGACUUCAGCGUUCCCAUCUACACCGACAGCCAGGGGAUACUUAUGGUCAGGCCGACAGUCGAAAGCGACGUCAGUGGGUUCAUUAAGCCAUUCACUUUCGAGGUGUGGUUCCUCAUUUUCUUAAGCAUAUUCAGCAUCGGCAUUGCUAUGAUUAAAAUCGAUUCUGCUGAAGGCAAGCUUUUCAAUUGUUCAACUCGAAGCAUCGCCUCCAAAAGCUUCACAUGGGUUAUCCAAGCACUGUCACAAGAGAGCUCAGAGUGGCUCCCGAAGAGGGACGGCGGCCGCCUCCUCGUGAGCACGUGGCUCCUGGCGUCCCUCGUGUUCAUGUCCUCCUACAGCGGCAUCCUGACCGCCAUGCUGACCGUGCCUCGGGUCACCAUCCCCAUCGACUCCCUGGCUGACCUCGUGGCCCAGGAUGACCUGCCUUGGCGCUUGGAAGCGGGGUCCAUGAUGUAUUCCUUUUUUGAGGUGCAAAUGAUCAUCAGUGAGGCUAAGAACGAAAUGGGUCAGAAAGUGUUCAGGGACAAAGCGGGCACGUUCCAGGACUGCUGGGCCGCUCGAGAAAACAUCGCGGAAGGAGACUUUGCGGCAAUCUGCGACAGCACGACCAUGAUGAAGGCGAUGUCUUGGGACUUUAGCACAACCGGAGACUGUCACUUGUACAUCGCACGUCAAAAGGUGUACACGAAUGGCCUCCUCUCGAUAGCCUUCCGGAACAAGUCAGCAUAUCUUCCGCAAGCUAACAGGAUGUGA